GUUCAACGACGAACGUUGUUGUUUUUAAACCGUACAAGUUAAUUCUUCAUCAUGUCUGGACGUGGAAAAGGUGGCAAAGUCAAGGGGAAGGCGAAGUCCCGCUCUAACAGGGCCGGGCUACAAUUUCCCGUUGGUCGUAUUCAUCGUCUGUUGAGGAAAGGAAAUUAUGCCGAGCGUGUUGGUGCCGGUGCUCCAGUUUAUCUGGCUGCUGUUAUGGAGUACUUGGCCGCUGAAGUUUUGGAGUUGGCUGGAAACGCUGCCCGUGACAACAAGAAAACCAGAAUUAUACCACGUCAUCUGCAACUGGCCAUCCGUAAUGACGAAGAAUUGAACAAACUCCUUUCCGGAGUGACGAUAGCACAAGGAGGCGUAUUGCCGAACAUUCAAGCUGUUCUUUUACCAAAAAAGACAGAAAAGAAAGCUUAAUCCUGAUUUUUCAGAACAAAA